GGUGAGGGAAACACGCCGGGUCGUAGCACACAGUUCACACACACGCGAGCGCAGCGGAACGGACACUUGCCGGCCGGCGACUUGGGGAAACAUGUCUGCUGAAAAAGAGGCGAUGUCAGGCGAGAAGGACAGGAUGCUGGACGAGAAGGACAAGACGACGACGGAGCGCCUGGUGGCCUACCGGCGGAAGCGAUCCGAGCGGAAAAGGAAGAAGGCGACGGCGGCGGCGGCGGAGAAGCAGAGGAUCGCCGCCGAAGAGCGCCGGGCGCCGCGGCUGGUGGCGCCCGAUGGCGGCUGGGGCUGGGUCGUCGUGCUCGGAGUCAGCGUCGUCAACCUGGCGACGCGCUCCAUCGAGCCGUCCUUCGGGCUGCUAUUCGGCGACGAGCUCCGGGAGUUGGGCGUCGAGACGACGGGCGCCUCCGUCAUCAUGAGCGCCUACGACGCCACCAUCAACUUCUCUGGCUUGUUCGUGGGCCCGCUGAUCAAGAUGUACUCGUACCGCAAGGUGGCGCUCGUGGGCUGCGUGCUGAGCGCCGUGGGGCUCAUCCUGACCGCGCCCGCCAACAGCAUGGCGCACAUCCUCGCCACCUACUCCAUCGUGGGAGGACUGGGCGUGGGCUUCGCGUGGUCGUCGACGUUCGUGUCGCUCAACUACUACUUCAGCAAGUACCGCGGCCAGGCGAUCGGGCUGUCGAUGGCGGGCACGGCGGUGGGCAUGAUGCUGAUGCCGCAGGCGGUGCAGCUGCUGCUGGCCGAGUUCCAGUUCCGCGGGGCCGUGCUCGUGCUGGGCGGCAUCGCGCUGCACUCGGUGGCCGGCGCCGCCCUGCUGCAGCCCGUGCGCUGGCACCUGCGGCCCGCCGCCCACCCGCCACCCCUGGCGCUGCCGGCCGCCGCCGCCGCCGCCGUCGACGUCGAGAAGGGCGCAGUGCCCACCGCCAUCGUCGUCACCAGGGUCCCGCAGGACAAGAAGAAGGAGGAGGUGCAGACGGCGUUGCUUUCGGCGCCCAAGAUCGAGGUGACGUCGGAGGCGGACGAGAAGCUGGCGCGUGCCGUGGCGGCGGUCGUGGCUGCUGGGGGCACGGUGAGGCCGCGGUCACAGAUGCCGCGCAUCACCUCGCUCACCAACAUGGAGGCGGCGCGAAAGCGCAAGGCCUCCAUCAUCUCCAACAUCUCCAGCAUGGACUUUCACGGCAGCUCCCUGCACAUACACACGCCUCUUGAAAGUGAAGAUGAAGAUGAAGAUGAUUAUAUUACUUUUAAGCCCAAAGUUGAAACUCAAACAAAUAAACAGAAUGAUAUAAACAAGAAUAUAAAGGAAGCAACAAAACCCAAAGUGAUCAAGGCAGCUAAGAAAAGAAGUUACUGGAGGAGAGUUAUAAAUUUUAUGGACUUAGAUCUUCUAAAAGAUCCAAUAUUCCUGAACAUUUUGUUUGGAUUGUCUAUAUUUUAUGUGGCUGAACUGAACUUUAAAAUGAUUGUGCCAUUUUUCCUUGCAAAUCUUGGAUAUUCCAAAUCAGAUACAGCAUUCUAUUUAUCAAUGACAGCUGUGGCAGAUAUAUUUGCACGUGUGGUUCUCCCACCAAUAUGUGACCGGAUUAAAGUACAGAGACGAAGUGUCUUUAUGAUUGCAACUGUUUUCCUUGGACUUGCAAGAUCUGCACUAGCAGAGCAAACAGAGUAUGCUCCUUUAAUGGUGGCACUAGUAAUGAAUGGAUUUUUGCGAGGAGCAGCUCUCAUCAACUUCAACUUGACUAUUUCAGAGUAUUGCAGCCUGGAGAAAUUACCAGCAGGUUUUGGUCUUCAUAUGGUUGGAAAAGGAAUAUUUAUUGUUGCUCUUGGUCCAGUUCUGGGUGUUAUUCGAGAUGUAACAGGAAGCUACCCACUGUGUAUACAUGCGCAAACAGUCUGUGUCUUCCUGUGCAUAAUUGCUUGGGGGAUUGAAUAUAUAGUUGUAUAUCUUCAUUCGAAAACCAAGAAAAAUGAAGAGCCUCAGGUAGCAGAAACGUAACAUAUGAAGGAAAUGUUGCACAAACCAAAAGAGCCUUAGUUGCUCUCAAUUUGCAAUAGUAAAAUAUUUCUCAAAUUGGCAAGGUUUAUUGAAAAUCUUGUGAGAAAUGUAGAUGAGAUGAAGAAAUAUGAUGGUAGGACAAUGUAUGUAAGAUUUAUUUGCAGUAGUGAAAGAGAUGAGGUCAGAUGAUGUUAUAAGAAAGAAAGCUGAAAAAGUACUGAGAAAAGCUUGACAGCAUUGGUCUAAAUGUGUUCCUACCAGACUGUAUAUCUUUCAGUAGGUGAAAAUGAUUUGUUUUAUUUAAAAUGUGUUAAAUGAGUUUACAUUUUAAUUCAUGAAUGUAAUUUGAGACAAGAGUGAUAUGUAUUUUAAAGUGGAAGUGAAUGGUUGGGCUAAGAUUUCUUGUGAGAUGAAUGAAUUCCAUACUGAUGAGAGGAUGAUAUUUCAGUAUUCCUUGAUGUAAUGAAAGUACAAUUACUGUGAAGACUGUUAUUAGGCAUUUUAAAGACAAUAGAGGUGAUUGUUUGUGGAAUUAUCUCAUACAAGAGAUGUCUUCAUGUGUUGAUGUGUUGUGAUAAUCCUAUGAGCUAUUAUGUUCAUAAUACUUGUUCAUUUUUACUUCUGCUGUUGUUUAUACAAAACUCAGUUAUAAUGAAACUGUAUGUACUCAGUUUUAACAUAAGAAGGUUGACUCCAGAAAAUUAUUUACGCCAAAAUCUACUUCCAGUUUCCAGAAUUUUGGUUUUAAUCAUUUUACUGCUCAACAGUGAAGCUUCUAUCAUAUGAUGGUUGAUUGCUUUGAGAAGUCAUAUUAUUAGCUUUUGAAACUGUUUAUGAACUCCAUGCCUGUCAUGGUGGCACUGAACAAAGUAACAGCUGUAUUUUUUACUCUAUAAUAAUGAAAAAUUUUAUGUACUUAUUUUUUUAUGCUCAACUCUCAGGAUUUAAGUGCAUUGUCACAAAACUUGUAUGAAUGUGUAACAUAAUUAAUUGUGUGAUAUAAGAGAUGUUAAGACCAAACUUUCCCAGAUUUAACUACAGUUGCAGACUGUCAUGUUCCAUUUUAUGAACACUGUUAUAGCUCUUUUUAAUAAAUUAAACUGUUGCUAUUCUUGAGAAUGGUAUACAGGCACAAUUUACAUGUGGUGAACUGAAGACAUUGGUGAAGGAAGGAUGAUCAUUAUUGGAGUACUUAUAAAAAUAUUUUUCAAUGAAAUAUUUUUGUAAUCAUAUAUGCAACUGAUUGCAUUACGUUAAUGUUUUGUAAAAUGCAACAAAUAAAAUAAACUGGAUGUAAAAUGCAGGAUCAAAUACCUAAAAAUCUUAUUUAACAUUCCACACAUUGGUUCACAAGUAUAGCCUUUUUUGUUAAUGUGUUAUUUAUAGAUGACAAGAAAAAAAUAACUGGUUAGUAAAAUUUUAGAAGUAAAUGUUUGAUUCAUAAAUGUUUUGUGCAGUUAAUUACAACAGAUUGAAGUAUAGUU